AUGGUUAUAUCCUUUGGCAGGAAGAUACAUGUUCUGCAGGUCUGUGUUGCUUGGCGCUGGUUUCGACCAUGGUUACGACGGAUGAAGAACGUUGUUGUAGACUUCAGCGUUGAGACGGGCGACGCCAUGUCGGUAUACUACCAGCAGAUGCGAACUCCCUACAAUAUUUCUCAGGGACCACUGUGGAGGGCGAGCUUGGUUUCCCAGCCACAGGCAGCUGGUGACCGUCACCAGGCCGUCCUGGUGCUCACCUUACAUCACAUCAUCAUUGACGGCCUUACCAAUAUGAUCAUCUCCCGUGACUUUAUGGAGGUGCUGAACGCCAUCAUGACUGGACGGAGCCACAACACGCCCACACGACAUAACAUUCCAGCCAUUGCUGACGAACUUUUCAGCAUGAGGGACUAUAUUUGGUGCCUUAAGUUUCUCUCGUCUGUAGCGUACAAAACAAUCAAGAGUAUGCUCAGUGAUAGAUGCUACAGUAUUAGUUUUCCUCGGCCAAACACAAAGGUAGCACAUACAAAUGUGUUGCGUAAAGACUUCUCAGCAGAGACGACUCAAGAGCUUUUGCGUCACUGCAAGGAAGCAAAAGUUAGCGUUCACUCUAGUAUAGUGGCUGCAGCUUACCUAGCGCUUCUACGCACCGCUCAGAAAUAUUCAAAAGAAUCUUUAGACUCAUUGAGGAUCACUUAUGAUAACGCUGUAAACAUGCGUCGCUACUACCCAAGUGUUUACAGUGAGUCUGUUGGUUUUCACUCAUGCUUGACCAAACAUGAAUACGUUGUCUGCAGCAGUGAUGCAGAAAACAAAGAUAGUUUCUGGAGUCUAGCAAGACGCAUGCAUGACGACCUCCAACACAAUCUUUGUGUCAGUAAAACACCUAUUCGUAUUUCUCCACUCUCUUUGGUAAUCUCUGCUACUAACCCAGUAAAUUACUUGCUAACUCGUCUAGGAUGCAGAAACUUUGUUAAUACAAACAUGUCUUGCACUAACAUGGGCAAUCUGAAGCAAAUAUUGCCUGGUAAAUACGGGGAUGGGCCUGUGGAGAUCACCAGUUUUCUUCGAUCCACGGCAUCAGAGUUAUGUGGAAGUCCUUUCUUGGUCGUCUUCCAGACCUUUGAAGGACGGUUGUUGUUGUCUCUGGACCAUUACGUAAAUAACAUUACUGAGGAGGUCGUUAAUAUGUUCUUUUCAUACUUAACCCAUUUUAUUGAUGACAUAGCUCACAAUGGCACCAUCAAGAAUUACUGAGUUGUAAAUAUUUUGGGAAAAAAUAAAAAUUAUGUUUAAACAUAUUUUGGUUUCCAUGUGAUCGAGCAAAUUAUCCCUUGUAUCGAUAACCAUUGCCAAUAAACUUCUAGACAUUAGAUGGAAUUACAUUUGUAUAGGGUGGUCUUCCUAUUCUCUCUCUUCCGGUCAUCACAUACGCACCUAUGGCUCCAAAUCUCCAGACUGAGACACCUGUUUUUCCCGAGUGACAGCCACGAACGCUUGCUAGAGACAGCCAGUGUUUCCAAAAUCAAUUACAUUAGCUUCUUACCGCCAUCAUACUCAAAGCUACCAUGCCCACCUGCCAGUUUACUGUGGUUUCAGGUUCCUAACGUUUGAUAUGUGUGCGUGAAUGAAGAAGUUAAUUUCUGUAAUUUAAGAAUGAGUCGUAAGAUAUAAGAGUGAGUUGCAGGGAUGUAGGAGUAAGGAGUUGUAAGAUAUGGGAUAUAGGAACGAGUUGUAGGGAUAUGAGAGUGAUUUGCAGGACCGUGGGAGUGUGUUGUAGAGUUAGCUGAAGACCGUGGAAUCGAGUUUUAAAUGUGAGUGAAUUUCCAGAGGUAUGAGAGUGAACUGUCGAGAUGUGUUGUGGAAGUGUGGUAGAACGUUGUUGGGGUGGCGAUGUGUAUGAAUGAAUUUCAGAUAUAUAAUAAUAUUAUUUGAAUGAUGAAAGAACAAGUUUAAGAGCUUGAAGAACGAGAGAGAGAGAGAGAACG